CGACAUUUGUGCUCUUCUGUGCUGUGCAUGUUACAAUGUAGCCCACAUACGGGGCAUGUUGUCACUUUUCACUUUCGUUCUUUUGAGCUACUGAUUCCAGCCACAGGGCGGCGAUCGAGAUGUUCUUUCUUCACUCUUCAGCGCUCGUGAGGAUCAUUCGUUGUGCGCAUGCGCGAGUGAGAGAGCGAGGUGUACGGUGAGUAGCUGAAAUCUGCAAAGACUGAGUUGAUUAAAGAGGACAGAGAGAAGAUGAGAGAUCCUGAAGAUACUGAAGAACAAACAGACUUGAUUGAAGACAAUGAGAAGAAAGAGAAAUUGAGUGAAGUUGAUGAGAAAAUCAUGUCAGAUGUGGAGAAAAACCCAAACAGAAAGAUUUAAAGACAAGAGCCAAGAAAUCUGUCACCUACACUCAGUGUGGAAAGAGUUUCUCACAAUCAGCAAAACUUAAAAACACAUGAACAUCCACACUAGAGAGAAGCUGUAUGCGUGUGAUCAAUGUGGAAAGCGUUUCUCAAAGUCAGAAAACCUUAAGAAACACAUGAACAUCCACACUGGUGAGAAGCUGUACACAUGUGAUCAGUGUGGCAAAGUAUUUUUGAGAGCUUCAGAACUGAAGACACACCUGACAGUUCAUACAGAUGAGAAGCCACAUUCAUGUCAUUUGUGUGGAAAGAGUUUUUCAUUACUACAAAGUUUGAAAAUGCACCAGAAAAUACACACUGGUGUGAGAGACUACAUGUGCUUUGGGUGUGAAAAGACUUUUAUUUCAGCAAGCAGUUUAAAACUGCACCAGAGGAUCCACACUGGAGAAAAACCGUACAAGUGUCCACACUGUGACAAGAGAUUCAGUCAGUCACCACAUCUGAGAACACAUGAGAGGAUUCACACAAGAGUAAAACCUUAUAUGUGUUUGCACUGUGACAAGACCUUUAAUCAGUCAUCACAUCUGAGAACACAUGAGAUGAUUCACACUGGAGAUAAACCUCAUAUGUGUUCACACUGUGACAAGAGAUUCAUCCAUUUAGGACAUUUGAGGACACACGAGAGGAUCCACACUGGAGAGAAACCGUAUCACUGCACUGAAUGUGAAAAGUGUUUCAAUCAAUCUUCUGCUUUACGCACUCAUACAAAAAGAUAUCACAGUAAGUAGAUCAUCUACAGAUCCAGCACUUUCAGAUCUGAUGCUGCGACCUCAACAAAUGAGACAAUAAUGCAUCAAGCAAUAACAUAUAAUCUGGAUAAAUCUGUCAUUACAAGUGACAAGACAAAGAAUCAUCAUCUAAUAAAGUUCAUCUUCAUCUUCAAAACCAUCAGAUUCAACUGUAAGAUUCAGAUCAACUCAAGGAUGGAGUUCCUCCCCAAAGAACAAUGUCAGAACAUUAUAUUUGAUAUAUCAUUGUGCUUUCUUAUGAGUUUCAUGUUAUGUUCAGUAUGUUUAAUAAGCAGGAUUGUAAGAAUAGUGAUAUCAUUAAAACUUUACAGAUACCCAUUUUUACUUUUACGUCAGUAGGAGAGAGAGAUCCAGCCCAUUAGUUUUCACUUUUACUUAGGUCGUUCCUGUAUUUGCUGAUUAAAUGCAGAUUAAAUGUAAUUAUUGAUUAAAUGUUACCUUUUUAUUAAUACAUCAUCUUUACGUUUUAUGUUUUAGCAACAAUUUAUAUUGUCUUCUGAUUGAAUUUGAAUCAGGAAAAAGUAAGUUUAUAAUUUUAGUUUUAAUAUCUAAAAGCCAUGAAGUAUUAGAAUUGCUUUUUGGGCUUUUACAUUUCUCAAUAAAGCUUUUA